AUGGACUUUUAUCAUCAUGAAAAUGACGAUGAUGAUGAUGAUGAUGAUGAUGAUGAUGAUGAUGAUGAUGAUGAUGAUGAUGAUGAUGAUGAUGAUGAUGAUGAUGAUGAUGAUGAUGAUGAUGAUGAUGAUGAUGAUGAUGAUGAUGAUGAUGAUGAUGAUGAUGAUGAUGAUGAUGAUGAUGAUGAUGAUGAUGAUGAUGAUGAUGAUGAUGAUGAUGAUGAUGAUGAUGAUGAUGAUGAUGAUGAUGAUGAUGAUGAUGAUGAUGAUGAUGAUGAUGAUGAUGAUGAUGAUGAUGAUGAUGAUGAUGAUGAUGAUGAUGAUGAUGAUGAUGAUGAUGAUGAUGAUGAUGAUGAUGAAAAUUUUCUGUUUUAUUUUUUCUUUACCGUAUUUUUUCUCCCUAAUCAUCUACUUUACUCAUUUUUUUGGAAGGUAGGGAAAAAAGAUUUAUUUCUUUUUAGUGGAUCAACUAAAUUAGGUUAA